CAGAUAUCAAAUCAAUCAGCUGUGCUGUAAUGCUUUGUCUGUGUAUGUUUAUUGGUUUUUGUAACUGGGGAAAGUAAUUAAUUCGAUUAAUUUAUCUGUAUUAGGUUUAGUUUAUAAUGUCACAACAACUAAUCAACGAAAAUAGCAAAUAUAUAUUGGAUUUAUUUUCAGAGCAGACAGUUGAUUCCCAAAGCUUAGAUUCAAUAUGCGUUCAAGUACAAAAGAGGUUCCCGAAAUCGGAACAUUUCAAUUUGUGCCUCUUACUUUCUUCCUUGAUAACUGGAGGUGACUUGUCUCUCCCAGGGCAGCGAGUUGUAGCACUGGCUCUGUUGUUUGAUAUUUACAAGCAAGAGAAUCCUUUCAGCUCUUUGUUCCUCCAUCUUUUGGAAGGGAAACCUGGGUUACUGCCAUUAGCAGCACAGGAGAGACUGUUCAUUGGCCAUUUGCACAGUUUUUUGCCUGUUAACAUUAAAGAUGUAAUGAAGAAGUCGGCAAAGCAAGUGAUGCUGACCGAGGUGUCACCCAAAGACCUGGAGUUUGAUUAUUCUCCACUACAAGCAGUGGUUGCUGAUAGAUUGUCAGAUAUGAGCUCCAUGGCACGUGCAACAGCUCCUGCUCUCAUUCCUCUGAGUGAUGGCAGCCCACCCAAUCGUAUGGCGAUGAAGGAACUGCUAGAAGCACUGAUGUCCAACGAGUAUACUCCACUGCAUCGCACUCUGAAGGCUGCGGGCCCUAUACCGCCGCCCACAUUCCUUCUAGAUCCCACUGAAAUACCAUUUGCUGAAGAAGGUGUAUGGAAGAACUUAGUGAACCGAGGCACAUACAUACCCAUGUACGACCCCGACUAUGAGGGUCUGAUUGGAUUGAAGCCGGAGAAGGUGGAUAAAAGAGCCUAUAAUCAAACUCAACACAAACCUAAGGAGGAAAAGAAAGAGAAGCAAGAAGAGAAGAAGACGGAAGACAAGGAACCGGGUCGGGCGGCGACUGAAGCCAUGGAGUUGACUCAACUGGCUUUGCGCGGCGCUCUGAGCGUGCAGCAUCAGCAACGAUUGCUGGCACUCCUGGAUCAGGACCCUGGAGUGGUUUACCAUAUAGGGAUCACACCUGCACAGCUGCCGGAGCUGGUGGAAAACAAUCCCAUGGUGGCGAUAUCUGUCCUGCUGAAGCUAAUCCAUUCGCAGCACAUCACGGAAUACUUCACGGUGCUGGUCAACAUGGAGAUGUCGCUGCACUCCAUGGAGGUGGUGAAUAGGCUGACGACGUCAGUGGACCUGCCGGUAGACUUCGUUUACUUGUACAUAAGCAACUGCAUCUCCACCUGCGAGACGAUCAGGGACCGGUACAUGCAGAACCGACUUGUGAGGCUGGUGUGCGUGUUCCUACAAUCACUUAUAAGGAACAAGAUCAUCAAUGUACAGGACAUAUUUAUAGAGGUAGAAGCUUUUUGCAUAGAAUUCAGUCGGAUACGGGAAGCUGCAGCACUUUUCCGUCUGCUCAAACAACUCGAGUCUGGAGACGCGCUCGCACAUAAAGAAACCAAGGAGAACUAAACUAUACCUAGAUCUAUGACCACUUAUACGGGUCAAAUUGAAAUUGUAUGAAAGCAUAGAAGUAUAAAAAUAGAGUGGGGAAGGCGGCUUUAAAAGUGUCCGUCUAGUAGAAAGAGAAAGAUGAGAGACCGAUAGUUACCUCUCUUGUGACUGCGCAUGCGCGAUUAGAGAGAGAAAGCUAGCGGUCUCUCAUCGUCUUUCUCUUUCUAUUAGGGGGACACUUCCACUUGUAGUAGAGUCUAUAUCUCCCCUACUCUAUUCUAAUACGUCUAUGUAUGAAAGCCUUUGGCUAAUCAUUAAUAAGCCUCGAUAAAGCAAUCACAAUAAACCACGUAAAGAAAACGGCUCAUGUUUCGCGCAAUGUGUGCGUGAAUCAAAUGUUAUAUUGUUCUGAAGCAGUCAAUGUGUGCGUGCGUAGCGACGAGCAUAUAUCUACCAUAUGUAGUAGAUAUUUUUUUUGCCGCUUCCAUGUAAUUAAUACGAUAUAUAUAGUGAAUACAAUCAAAUAUGAAUACGUUGUUGUUGUCAUAUUUUGAGUACGUAACGUUCACAAGAGAACAAAUCAGUGGGUGGAAAAGCAUAGGCCUCGUCCUUCAAGUUCUUUAGUUUUUACAGCUGAAUAAUAUUGCACAUAUUAUAAAUAACAAUAAGUAAUUAAAGAAAACUAGUUUUAACGGGUUAAUGCACGAAACUUUAUUUAUUCAUUGACUUUUCGCAGCCUUUUCAGUUCUGCUUCGUCAGAAUAUUUCGGGUUAUUUAAGUUUCGUUUUAUUUAAUGAGUGAUGUGCGUGAAAACCUAAGAAACAAAUAAGUAAUUAAUCAAUAUUUUAAUAUCUGUCGAUUUGGUAUUGACAACAAAUAUUAAUAUAUUGCGUCAAAGGAAGAGCAUUGUUCUCUCCUUUUAUGAGAACUUGAUUUAGAUUUAGUUCCUUUGUAAUUGGAACUGGGCUGUUAAAUUUGUGCAGUCCUGGCGGGUUUAAGGCAAGAAUUGUAAAUGGGCAAAAUAGUUGCAUCGGCCGCACUCAGAGAUGUUCUUUAAACUCUAGCUUGUCACAUGUUGUUGAUUUAAUCUAUUGCUAUUGCAAAACAAAUAGACGGUAGCAACUUUAAUCUGAAACAAUAGUUUACUAAAUGCCACAAACUUAUGGAAAUAUUAAAUUGAAGCUACUAAAAGAGACAUUGGUGUCGAUUCUGGCAACAUUCUCUAUACAAAAUGAAAAGGAGAGACUGAUGUUAAUUUUAGUUUUAAGUUUAGAGAAACAUGCCAUAAUUGACACCAAUAUUACAAAACCGAACAUCUUUAGAAGAUCUACACUUUUUAUUUUAUUAACCAGAAUGUUAUAGUGUGACCAAGAUCUUGUAGCACUUGUAUGACUUUGACGGGAAGGCGCUGCUGGUAAAAUAUUACUAAGUACGAAAAAUCUCUUUAAAGGGGACGUUAUAAUUUACAAUAACUCGGAAAGAAUGAUAAGAAAGUAGCUUUCCCAGCGAACUUCGUACCGCUAUAAAAAAUAGGGGUUGGUGGUAGCAGGGUGAAAAUUUAGGGUAGUAUGUAUUUUUGCAUGAUGUAUCAUAAAACAUAAAAUCAAAAAAAAAAUCUAAAAGAAAAAUUUCAGUGUGGACCACCCUUAAUAUUUAGGGGUAUGAAAAAUCGAUGUUGUCCGAUUCUCAGACCUACUGAAUAUGCAUACAAAAUUUCACGACAAUCGGUCGAGCCGUUUCGGAGUAGUUCAAUUACGCACACCGUGACACGAGAAUUUUAUAUAUUAGAUAUUCAAGGCUUAUUUACAGCUUCCUCUACAAAUAAAAAGCUUAUUUAUAACUUCUAAAAUUUAGUUCCGAUAUUGGCACACGCGCCAUAAGAUCUUGAUCGCACUGUAUGUUGCUUUAGUUAAAGUACCAAAAGCUUAUUAUGAAUGAUACAGCAAUAUUUACGAGUAUAGUAAAUAAUGUAUAAAGCACCGAAUAUUUUGUUAAAAUUGUAAAAGUGAAAGACUGAAUUUGAGUUCAUAAUAUGUACAUUUACCCCCAGGGUAUGUUGGGCCAAGGGUCAGAAUGUCUAAGGUGACAUAAUGUCCUGAUGUUAUAAAGACCGUUAGUCAAUAUUCUCUGAAUGUCCAAAAAGUCAUAAUGUCCAGAUGUUAUAAAGACCAUUAGUCAAUGUGUACAAGUCUCUGAAUGUCCAAGAAAUCAUAAUGUCCAGAUGUUAUACAGACCGUUAGUCAAUGUGUACAAGUCUCUGAAUGUCCAAGAAGUCAUAAUGUCCAGAUGUUAUUAUAAUGACCGUUAGUCAAUGUGUACAAGUCUCUGAAUGUCCAAAAAGUCAUAAUGUCCAGAUGUUAUAAAGACCGUUAGUCAAUGUGUACAAGUCUCUGAAUGUCCAA